GGGAAAUGUAUCGUUCAUUUGGACGAACAAUCCAUUUUUAUUUGAGAAAAUUAUCCUAGAUAUGACUAAAACUCAUCCACUUUCUCAAUCUAUGACCUCAUUAGAUUUUCCCAAAAAUAAUAUUUAAAUUCAUAAUAUUUAAUUAAUUAAUAAAUAGAUUUUUUUAUUGACUAAUUUAAGUAAAAUGAAGAUGGCCCGCCCAUAUAAGGUUUGGCCUAUAUCAUGUUCGGGUUCGGCCCAAUAUUACUAUGUACUGUACACACUCCGUACAUCCCCGUCGCCGCCGUCUGGCAAUCACCUCACAUCUCUUUCCGCCUCCCCAGUUCUUCCUCUCCGUUUCCACCCUCACCAUUCACGCUAUAAACACCUAAACACCACCCAAUAUCUAUUCUCCAUCGUCUCCGCUCAGGUCAGACGAAGCCUCCGGUGCGCCAUUCGUGCAAUACCCUGAGCCAUCAAUGGCAGUAGCAGGUAUGUUUACUGUGCCACAGACCAUCGGCAGUGUGUUAUGUUGCAAGUGUGGCAUCUCAAUGCAACCAAAUGUGGCAAAUAUGUGUGCCAACUGCCUCUGCUCUGAAGUUGACAUAACAGAAGGCCUUCAGAAGCACGUUAUCAUCCGCUAUUGCCCUCAAUGCGAGUGCUACUUGCAACCGCCAAGGUCUUGGAUCAAAGCACCACUCGAGUCGAAAGAGCUGCUCACCUUCUGCGUGAAGAGGCUGACUAAUCUGAACGCAGUCCAUUUAGUGCAUGCUGAAUUUAUCUGGACUGAACCUCACUCCAAGAGGAUUAAAAUCAAGUUGAGGGUCCAAAAAGAGGUUCUUCAUGGAGCAAUACUCGAACAAGCUUACACAAUAGAGUUUGUUGUGCAAUAUCUGCAUUGUGACUCCUGUGCUAAGGUUCAUGCCAAUCAAGAUCAGUGGGUUGCUGUAGUGCAGCUGCGGCAGAAUGUUUCUCACAGUCGCACAUUCUUCUACCUGGAGCAGCUUAUCCUCAAACACAAUGCCGCGAGCGAUGCCAUUAGAAUUAAGCAGAUGGAUCAGGGUGUUGAUUUCUUCUUCGGUAAUAAAAGUCACGCUCAGAAAUUUGCUGAGUUCAUCGGUAAAGUAGCUCCAGUAAUUAGACGUGAUGAGGGUAACCACAAACUCGUGUCCCACGACACAAAGAGCAAUGUCUCCAAUUUGAAGUAUGCCAUCUCUGUCGAAAUCAACCCUGUUUGUCGUGAAGAUCUCAUCUGCCUCCCGCCUAGAGUUGCUGCUAGUUUGGGAUAUCUCGGGCCGCUAGUGAUAUGCCAUAAGGUAAGCAGUAACAUAUCUCUGUUAGAUCCACUCACCCUUAGGCAAUGUUGCCUAGAUGCUGAGAAGCAUCAGAGAUUAUCGUUGCAACCCUUAUUGUCUAGCAGGCUGCUUAUAGAAUAUAUAGUUUUAGAUCUUGAGCCGAUUUCUUCUGAAGUGAUCUCAACAUACACUCUGGCUGAUGCUCAUGUUGCUCGUGUGUCGGAUUUUGGGAAGAACGAUAGGUAUUUCACUGUGAGAACACAUUUGGGGAAUCUCUUAAGCCCCGAGGACUAUGCUCUUGGGUAUGACCUUUAUGGUUCCAAUAGUAAUGAUAUGGAACUCGACAAAUACAAAAGUAGAAUGAAUAUCCCGGAUGUGAUACUGAUCAAGAAGAGCUAUGAAGAGAAGAGGCAGAUGAGGCAGAGGAAGUCUCGUCCGUGGAAGUUCAAGUCUCUCAAAAUGGAGGUUGAUGAAGGUGCAAAGGAGAAGAUUAACGUAGAGUAUCAACAGUUUUUGAGAGAUAUUGAGGAAAAUCCUGAUUUGAGAUUCAAUCUUUCACUGUACCGGAAUAAGGAGCACCGGCCAUCUCCAUCGGAAAUGGCUGAUGCCGAGGGAGUUCCUUCUGUUCCAUUGGAGGAGUUGCUUGCGGAUCUCGACCUAGAUGAUGAGGAAUCUUAUGAUCAUAUGGUAGAAUAAUCUUGGUUAAGUUUAUAAUCUUACGGGCAGAAUUGGUGCACUAAUUUUGAAGAUAAAUCUAGUGUGUUCAUGCAGAUAAUAUAUUGGAGCCAUGCUUCUUUCGCACAACAGGUUGUUGCACACUUUCACAUGAGCAAAUUUCUGCACAAUUUACAUUCGAAACCCACACUUACUAGUUACUAUCACACAUUAAUAUACUCCCUUAAUGGAACGUAAAUUAAAUUACCGCCCCUUCUGUAAUUUUUCUUCUUGCCCAUUAGAAUUUCAAUUUUUUUAAACUGCACAACACACCGAGUUAAUUUGCACAAUUACAUCAUGAGCCACACUAUUAUUUUGUGCGCAAAACGUACACCCCACUCUUUCAUGCACACAUACAAAAAUUUUAGUGUACAAUUUAUCCAACCACCCACAAUCCUUGAUGUUCCUCUAUUUACCCUACAAUCUUCAACGCUUUUCAUUUAUCUCAAGG